AAUAUCAGAUUUUUGAUUUACUCUCUCAAUGGCUGGCCAGCAAAACCAUGUCAUUUCCUCUAGAAUUGGGAUUAUUGGAGGUGGUAUCAGCGGUAUAGCUGCUGCCAAACAGCUUUCCUCUUACAACCCAGUUGUUUUUGAGGCUACCGACUCCAUUGGAGGAGUUUGGAAGCACUGUUCUUAUAAUUCUACCAAGCUUCAGAGCCUUCGUUGUGAUUAUGAGUUUUCGGAUUAUCCCUGGCCCGAGAGAGAUAACUCCAGCUUUCCUUCUCAUACUCAGAUACUGGAUUACUUGCAUUCUUAUGCUACCUACUUCGAUUUGCUCAAGUUCGUAAGGUUUAAUUCAAAGGUGGUGGAGCUCCGGUUCGUUGGGGACCGGGACGCCACUGAUGCUGACGGCAGACCAGGGGAGUAUGGGAGUUUGUUGGCCGGGCGGCCGGUUUGGGAGGUUGCUGUCCAGACCAACCAAUCCCAGGAUGUGCAGUGGUAUUCCUUCGAGUUUGUGAUAGUGUGCAUCGGCAAGUACGGUGACAUACCCAAAAUGCCAGCUUUUCCACGCAAUAAAGGUCCUGAAAUAUUCCAAGGCCAGGUCCUGCAUUCUCUUGAUUACUCCAAACUUGACCAAGAAGGGGUUACUAAUCUUCUCAAAGGAAAGAGGGUUGCAGUGGUUGGCUACAAGAAAUCCGCCAUUGAUGUAGCUGCUGAAUGCGCAGAGGCAAAUCAAGGGCCAGAAGGGCAGCCGUGCACCAUGGUGAUAAGGACUUUGCAUUGGACCGUUCCUCAUUACUGGGUUUGGGGUCUGCCAUUUUCCUGGUUCUAUUCAACAAGGUUUUCUCAGUUCUUCCAUGAAAGGCCUGAUCAAGGCAUGCUCAGGAGUCUCUUUUGCCACCUUUUAUCUCCAAUGAGGCAAGCAAUUUCCAAGUUCAUCGAGUCCUAUCUGGCGUGGAAGCUUCCACUGCGGAAGUAUGGACUGAAACCGGAUCACCCAUUUGAGGAAGACUAUGCAUCCUGUCAAAUGGCUAUCCUUCCAGAUAAUUUCUUCUCGGAGGCUGAUAAGGGAAACAUCAAGUUUAAGAGAGCCUCAAAAUGGUGGUUUUGGAAUGGAGGAAUUCAGUUUGAGGACGACACCAAGUUGGAGGCUGAUGUUGUAGUUCUGGCAACUGGUUUUGAUGGAAAGAAAAAGCUCAAAGAUAUAUUGCCUGAGCCUUUCCGUAGUGUAAUAGAAUCUCCUUCUGGUGUUAUGCCCUUAUACAGGAGCACCAUACAUCCUUUGAUUCCCAACAUGGCUUUUGUGGGUUAUGUUGAGAGCGUGGCAAACCUGCACACAGCAGAGCUACGCUCCAAAUGGCUGGCACGGCUUGUGGACGAUCGCUUUAAGCUCCCCAGUGUGGAGAAGAUGAUAGAGAAAACGAACAAUGAAACUGAAGUUAUGAAGAAGACCACCAGAUUCUACAAGAGGGGAUGCAUUUCCACUUACAGUAUCAACCACAGUGAUGAAAUUUGUGAAGAGAUGGGAUGGACAUCAUGGAGGAAGAAAAGCUGGUUAUCAGAAGCAUUUAGUCCUUAUAACAGUGAAGACUACGGGGAGGAAAAAUGAAUCUCUAGCAAGCACAUUGACACCUAUCUUUUAACUUGUUUACAUAUGAUAUUUGUUAUGCGUUGAUAAUUUCAUUCAUAUAAAUAAGAACUCUGUUAGGAGAAUGCUAGUAGAUAUGUAUCAUUGGAUUCAUACAUGUAUCUAGGAGGCCUUGACCUAUGUAUAAGCCUCCAUAUAAAAUAGUAUUAUUCCAUUCUAAAUAAUAGAGAAAAUUUAUGGUCUUGCAAUAGAAA